AUGUUUUUUACAGAGUGCGAUGGGGAAGUGUUUCAUGUGGUUACAAUAUUCGACCGUAGGCAGCUCUCGGAUAAUUGCGCUAAUAGCACGUAUCGUACUUUGAUCGAGCCAAAAGUCCUUCCAAUCAGAGGCCUUCAUGCGCAAGAGUUUUAUAAUAUUGUCAAUGCCAGCCAAUUACAUAUGUGUAUAGUUAUUGAGUUGUCUACAUUAACAGGACUAGAUCUCAGUUUUAUUAAAAACCUCACAUCAACCUGUGGAGAUCCUCCACUCAUUAUCAUUCAAAAUCCAUCCCUAAUGCAUGUCAUAUUCGAUAGUGGCUUCCUGCAAGAAGCUCCACCGGAUACGAUAGUUAUUCGAGGAAACCCCAAUCUUCGGCUUGACUACAUAGAAUCCUAUCGCAAUGAGACUCUUACUAACCUGGACUUCAUGUCAUAUUUCAAUGACUUUGUACUCGUUAAAAGGCUAUGCGAUCAUGGUAUCGCAGAUAACAAGAAGUUAUGCGUGAGCAAUCCUAUGGAGUUCAAAAAGAAAUUUGGUAGCCCUAUUAUUGAUCAGUCCAGUAACAAAGACUGUACAACAAUAUGUGACGGAGGGGAAGUAAACGAGCAUUAUCUGGCACUUGUUGCCGGCUGCGAUACCAUUGAUGGCAGUUUGAUUAUUCGCGGCUGGAAUGGAGUUUUAAAAAACAUCGAAAAUCUCGCAUCUGUCCAUCGAAUAAAAGGCGCAUUAGAGAUUACCAACACCAGUAAUCUUGGAACGUUCAAGUACUUUGCUAAUCUAAAAGAAGUUGGAGACAAUGGACUUGGAUCCCCUGGUAUUGAAAUCACAAACAAUGAAGGAUUAGUCUCAGUCGAUAUACCUAUGCUUAAGCACGUUUAUUCGGCUAAUACUACUAAAGUGUUGAUCGUAAAAAAUCCACAACUGGGCAUGAAGAAAAUGGAUGUUGAUCAUUAUUACACGGCUGCAAACGGGAAAGCAUACACUAUAAUCGAAUUCAAGGACAAAACAACGUUUUUAGAUGAACUAAUAGAUUAUUGGUGGUUGUUUCUGCUAGGAAUACUUUCCAUUAUCUUAUUAAUCGUAGCAGUUAUUUUUGGAGUUGUGACAGCUAAGAAGAAGACAGGGCUAGCACUUCCACCACCACCAUACAUCUUGGAUAGAAAGUCGAAAUUUGUUCUAGAGUAUCUCAUUAAGGAGAUCACUACAUGCAAUCCGCUUAUUUGGCGCUGUAACGAUCGCGAACUUCUGUGGAGCUUCCUUAAGGGAGACGCUAUGCGUAAGUUUACAAAGUUUUGUUAG